CGACUGCGUCUCGAAGGUACGUUGGCCGGACCGUGUCACGUGACUUCAUUGCCCUUGCGCCGCGACUCGUUGGCCGCACGACCAGCACAGCAGCAUGUACCCAGAGAAACGCGCUAUCUCGCACCAGACCUCCACUCACGACUCGAGACCCGCACGCGCACAGCGAUGAUACUCUUCUGACUGAAGGAGACUUGGUUGCGCGCUGGUCAACCUCCAUCGCCUAGCUCUCUUCCAAAUCGUGAAUGUGAUCAAGAGGGAACAGAUUCGAUCCACCAUAUUGUGACAGGCUAUAAGCAGACUUGUUCUAGGAAUCGCGCCACGCUUGAGCCUCGGUGCGGCUUUCAAGUGACACAAAAUCGGAAUUGCGACGGCUUAGCUCCUCCGAGCCUGAUGAUUAUCAUCAGUCGGCCAAUUACGACUCAGACUGCUCUACGUUCGGCUGCGCUGAAAGCUCAGCCUGCGCCCCUCCUUGCCCGCAUCGCGAGACAACGGUCAGUCCCAAUAAGCUACCAGUGCCAAGAGUAUUCCAGCCUUCGCGCCAUGUCCACCGCGACUUUUUCUCACGCUCCUCAAGCGCGCAUCCGGAAGCCUAUCAACGCAGCGCUCUUCCAGCUCUCCGUCACAGCCAACAAAGCCCACAAUUUGGCGCAAGGCCGAUCGAAAGUUCUUUCGUACGUGUCUUCCAAUCCAAGUGUCAACCUCAUCGUCCUUCCAGAAAUUUGGCAGUCCCUCUACGGCACGCAGCACUUUGCUACGUAUGCCGAAGACUUUGGAGGUCUGUGGGGCAAGAUCAAGGGUCAGACUAGCUCGAGCUCGCAACGUGCAGAGAGGAGCAAGAGGAGGUGGAGCAUCGACAAUGAGAACGGCGCGGGCGCAGUCGAGCUGGGUGAAGAUUGCAAGAGCGAAAGCCUGGUGAUGUUGAGCCGAUUAGCAAAGGAAACGGGUUGCGUCGUCGUUGGUGGGAGCAUACCGGAGAGGGAAGAUGAUAGGCUCUACAACACGGCAAGCGUCUUUGACGAGAAAGGCCGGAUCAUCUCGCUCUUCAGAAAGGUGCACCUGUUCGAUAUCGACGUGCCAGGCAUGAAAUUCCAAGAAUCCUUGACGCUGUCGCCAGGCGAUCAGGUGACUAUGUUUGACUGCUCGCUGGGAAGGUUCGGCCUGGCUAUAUGCUACGAUAUGCGGUUCCCGGAGCUGGCGCAGAUCGCAUCGAGGGCCGGAGCAUGCGGGAUGAUCUACCCGGGCGCUUUCAACACUACCACAGGUCCUCGAUCCUGGGAGCUUCUACUCCGUGCACGUGCAGCUGAUAAUCAGCUCUACGUCCUAGGCUGCUCUCCUGCUCGUCCAUCCGCUCGCGAUCUAGAAGUAGAAAAGUAUUACCCUGCGUGGGGUCAUAGUACCGUCGUCGAUCCCUGGGGCACCGUCUUGGCCACGACCGACGAGACGGAUAGCGUAGUGACGGCAAAAUUGGAAAAGGAGAUUGUGGAAGCUUGCAGGAAGGGUUUGCCUGUGAGCACUCAACGUCGCUUUGAUCUGUACGCUGACGUCUCGCGAGAGGGCCCCUCGGGCAAGGGCGAGGCGCCGCGAUAAAUGCGAUGUGUUCCCUCUUGCAAGUGGGAAGCUAUCUUUUUAUUUUGCGAUGCAACCUUCUCCUGGAUCCGCUACAUCACCAAAUUUGUACGCGCAGCGAGACACGGUUUGAGAU